AUGAGUGGAAGACAUCUACGAAUUCCGGAGGUGCGCGUGAGUGGAGCAGAUCAGGACGAAGAUGAUCCUCCCGCGGCUUUACCACCCUUCGCUUUAACUUUAGCUUCGAUACCACGACGUCGGCAUUCAUGGAUAUGUGGAUCUUUUUCACAUGUUAACUUGAAGACGGUACAAAAUUUCCCUGAUGAAUCUUUUGUUAUUUCAAUGUUAGAAGACGAUCGUCAGCAUUAUGUAUAA